AUGCUGAUCGAGGAGCUCGAAAGCCUGCGGGACGACAUCCGCCCACUGAAACUUGACGUGCUGCGAGCUGCCAUACGUGGAGAAUUGGUUCCUGAAGAUUUCCCCCAUGAGCUCGCAUACAAAUGUCUCGUAGCCGGAAUUCGACAUCAUGAUGGCUUCGCUCGCGAAGUCAGGGGCAUAUCGGGACAUCAUUCCAUGGAGAGAGCUUUCAACGCUAGGGAUAUAAUGAGUGGCCGAGUGCCUGUGAUGGAGAAGCCAGACGACAUCCCCUAUUGCUUCUGGUACCCUGAUGUUCCCAGUCAAGACAUUCUGCGGCAACUCUUGAAGGACUAUCCUACAGUUUUGAUGCGCUACCAACUUGGCCGUGCUUGCGCGGUUGGAGGUUAUUUGGAACUCUACAAAGAGCUCGAUAUUCUCCCUGAUAUCUCCAUUGCGGAAGAGGCCCGGGACAAUUUACCUGUCUCGAAGGAUAUCUAUGAACUGGUCAUGAAUGCGCCCAUCCUCUACCGGGUCAUGGACGAUUACAAUCUCUGUUUGUUCGAUAAGCCCCAAGGCGGAGCCUGUCUCAAUGGGGACACCUGCGUCCGGUCUACACUGGAAAAGAGACAGCCACUCCACUAUGAGAUCUUCCCUCCGCCGUUUGAUAUCACCGAGGACUGGUGUCUUGGAGCGGGUGGAAAGCGCAUAGAAGAGCGGUCUAUCCCGAGCGACACUCUGAGCCUCCUCUAUACCCCAUUGCCACGACAUUUACCCACGGUUGACAAAGACAUACUCAUUCUCAUGGCUGACUUUACCGGAAACAUCGACCGCUACGGCCGACUACGAAGACCUCGCACCGUCAAUGGCGAGAUGCAGUGCAUAGUGCGUGGUAUCUAUCACAACACCUUCUUUGCCAGGUGGUGCUACGAGCAGCCACAUCUCUAUGUGCUCCGAAAGUUUGUCCAUGCACGAUUCAUCAUGAAUGACGACCUCACAUGGUUCAAGCACAAUCGGCCAAUCUCGAAAGACGACGUGCCACGCAUCAUCUGGUAUCCCCAACAGGCAGAUCCAACAACCUAUAUGGAGCUAUUCCGGCUCAUGCCUCAACUAAAACAACUAAUCGCCCAAGCAAUGGUUGUUUGUAACGAACCCGAUGAUUUCCUACGUCUUGAGCCAGAACUCACCCCAGAGAUAUACGGAGAGAUCACAAAUGGGAUUCGCUCACCAUUGUUCCGUGAGUUCAUUGACGAGCGGGUAUCGUAUGAAGAAGAGGAGAAGCUGGCAGACUGGACGGAGCUUCUGCAUGAUUGCCAUGAUGUAGCACCCUACGACCACCUGGUGACAAAAGAAAUGAAGCCUCAUUUUACACGUGCUCUUGACGAGCUCAGUCUUGAUGAUGUUGGCUUCGAGAAUAGAAAAGCUUACCCGCCGAAUGUGAAGGACGCUAGGGACUUGUUGCGAUGCAUGUCCACCUUUCCCAAUAAGCCUAGAGAUCAUUAUUGA